AGUCGACCAGACUCAUCCCACAUCACGCGCAGCGAAGAUUGCAUCUUUGCAUGUGUCAAUUUUCCCUAGGCUACAGUAUCUAUAAUAAUUUUUUUUUAAAGCCUGUGGUAUAUAUAUCCUUGUAGGUUAUAUGGUUUCAGUCUUAACGUACUUUCUUUCGUAUAUCCCCAUAAUUUUGUUAUUUCGUCCGUCUCCUGUACACGUAUAUCAUCUGUGUAGGCCUACGCUCGGUGAGCGUGAAUCAGCUAAUUCAUUUUGCAUUUGUUGCUAGGUUACGUACUUCGUUGUUAGUAUUGCUAGGCCUAGGCUCGCUAUAGUUAUGGCGCCGGGUAAAAAUUCUAAGAAAUCCUCAUCUCCUCCCCCUGACCUUAAUCAGGGUAGUAGUAAUGCACAACCAGCUGGUGCUGGUAAUAAUAGUUACCUAUCGCCGUUAAAAGUUGAAUUACCACCAUUCUUUGUUGAGAAUGGAACUGAGGCUUUCAGUGUUUGGUGCCGUAGACUUGAGGUGGCUUUGGAUGCAUUGCCAAUGGCUACUCCCAUUGAUAUGGUUAAACUAUUGCCAUCUAGACUUUCCGGUGCAGCUUUUAACUACUGGGAUAAUUUGGCCCCUGCUAUUAAAAAUAACUAUCCGGAGGCAAAGGCUUGCUUGACCAAGGUGAAUGAGGAAGCUGUAUCACCCUUCCGUGUUACUAGAACUGGCAGAAAAGUGAAGCCACCUUCCAGAUUCCUGGAAUAACUGCGAAUGUAUGACUAUAUGUCAGCACCACUUACACAUGUAGUGUAUUACAUGAAUUUACAGUUACAAAAAAAACAAAAAAAAACAAAAAACAAAAAACAAAAAACAAAACAGAAAAAAAACCAGAACGAACAAACACAGAACAGAAACAGAGGGACAACCAGAAACAACAGUACCACAACAACAAAGCGAAAGCAUGCCCAGGGGAGCGUACCGGUCGCGCGCGUAAUUUUUUUACGCAUGUGGUUAUAGAAGUUAGGAUUUGUUUUUUUUCCAGGUUUUAGUGUUAGUGGCAUGAGGGUCUUUUCUUUUUGUUUAUGGGGAAUUGAAACCGUCCAUGCGCGCGCGUAAUUUUUUUUUACGCAGAUGUUAUAACAGUUAGGAUUUUGUUUUUCUUUUGGUUCUAGUUUAGCUGGUGUUUGGGCCAUUCCUUGCUUGCGCGGCUUGUGCGAUUGUUGAAUUGAUUCUGAUAAACUUAAUAAUUUUCACCGUUUCUGAUACUACUACAAGUUCCAUGGAUUAUUGUUUGCAGAUAAUUUUUUUUAAAUUUAUUUGGAGGGGAUUAUUGUUUUCUUAUUUUUCUUCUUCAUAUAUGGUACCA